UUUAUUUUUCAAAAAAUAAAGAUUUUCUCUAUAAUGGAAUAUAAUAAUAGUGAAAUGUCUGAUUGUUCUUCCAAUUCAGAUGGUGGUUCUUUUAUUAAUUGUGAAAAGGAAUCUACAUUGAAAAAAAUUGCAGAACUUAAAAAAAAAAUUAUGAAACUUGAAAAUACUUCUAUAAAAAAGGAAAAGACAAAGAGAAAAUCGAACCAAAAACUUGUAGAUAAAGAAUCUUUUGCCAUAACAAAUAAAACAAAAGGAUCAUCAAAUCAAAGUCGUUUAAAGGAUAAAUCUUUUAAUAAUAAAUAUAAUAGUAAAAGUCAGCCAACCCUCUCUGAAGAAGAUAAUACUGAAUUUUCUAGUGAUGAACCUAAACAGCCAAUAUUCAAGAAGAAAAUAUAAACUAUCAAAAGAUUCCUUCUUUUCUUCAUAUCCCAAAGAG